GGGCUUUCUAUGCGGAAGUCAACAAGCACCGAGCUUCUUCCUGUAAGUGCUGGGACUAUUCUCUAUAAACUGACAUCUUCUGAUUGAUUGAUCACACCAGCCAUGUCGAAGAACACAGUGUCCGAUCGAUUCAGAAAGGUUGAUGUGGAUGAGUACGACGAAAACAAGUUUGUCGACGAGGAGGACGGUGGAGAAAAUCAACUAGGUCCGGAUGAGGCUGAGGUGGAUUCUCUCAUCAGAUCAGGGAACCUGAUGGGAGCUCUGCAGGCAGUGCUGAAGAAUCCACCCAUCAACACCAAGAACCAGAAUGUGAAGGAACAGGCUGAAGGCCUCGUGUUGAAAGUGCUGAGCUCUUUCAAGACUAGUGAUAUAGAAAAGGCUGUUCAGUCUCUGGAUAAGACUGGAGUUGAUCUCCUAAUGAAAUACAUCUACAGAGGCUUUGAAAGACCCUCAGACAACAGCAGUGCCAUCCUACUGCAGUGGCAUGAAAAGGCUCUCUCAGCUGGAGGUGUGGGCUCCAUCGUCAGAGUGCUCACGGCCAGGAAGACUGUGUAAACUUCAGCACUGAGGCAGGGUUGGCGGAGGGACUGGCUGGCACAACCCCUCGUGGUCUGGUUUCUGGUUUCCCACACUGCCAAACUUUGGAGGAUGUCCAGUCACUCACCUUUUUUUUUUUUUUUUAAACGAUCAAACAUUACAGUGCCAUUUGGAUUUCUUGCAGUGAAGAUAAGCACCUUGGAUCUAUGUUAACAGAACGGUAAUGAGAAAAUGUUAUUGUUGACCUCAGUAGAUAUUAAGCACAGACAUUUUAGCUAUUAUCAAAGGAAAGUCUCUUUACUCGUCUACUUCACGUACUUCACAUUCUCAUACCUGUCCUGAUGUAAAGUCUCAAAAAACAGAACAAACAGUACAUGCAAUUACAUGACUCAAUCUUCGCAGUGGUAUGUGAUGCUACUCUGGAAUUGUUGUUUUUUUGUUGUACUCAAAGGGAUAGUCCACCCAAAAAUGAAAGUUAUGUCAUCGUUUACUCAGCCACAUGUUGUUCAAAAACUGUAUGACUGGAACAUAAAAGAAGAUAUUUUGAAGUCCAAACCACGUUCCAUGUUUUCUUGUGUUAAACAGAGGAAAGAAAGUCAAACACAUUAAGAUGACAGCGUUUUCAUUUUUGUGUGAACUAGCCCUUUAAGGUGAUCAAGCUUUAGUUCGUAGGAUUCUUACAUUACACUCUCUUCUUUUUAAAACAUAAUCAGAGUUGGUCUAUUAAACAUGCCAACAUCAGUAUUUGCUUUUUCCUACUUGCAUUGCAUUGCAUUAUAUAUAAGUUCAGAGCUGGUUGUUGAAUCUAGCCUUAUAUGAACGCCUGUGCUUUCCAGCUCAAUUUCUUGUGAUCAGAGUGCUUAUUUUCCUCCACAGUCCCUUCAGUAAAUCAUGCCGUUUCUAGCAUCUCUUUGGUUUCAUAUUCUACCGGGAUCACGUUUUAAGAAACAAAAAAGGGAAUAACUUUUCUUAAGUUGCCAAAAACGUUUUUAUUGUCAUAAUUGUUGAUGAAUACUAGUGUGUUUUUGUACUCCCUACAAAAACGAUGAGUUUAAUUUUUUAUAACGCUGAGUAUUAUUAGAUUGUCCAACAAAAGCUUAUGUAUAUUUUGAUCACAGCAUUUUUGAACUGUAUUAGAUGUUAGCAGUUGUAGAACAUGAUUAACAUCAACAU